CGCUUCCCCUCGGUGCCCUGGCCUCCCUCUCCUCGGUGCCCUCGGUCGCCGGCAUGGCACGCGCGGCGGGGCGCGAGCGGCGGCUCCUGGCCAUCUACACCGGCGGCACCCUCGGCAUGCGCAGCGAGGGCGGCGUGCUGGUUCCCGGGAAGGGCCUGGCCGCCGUCCUCCGGACUCUGCCCAUGUUCCACGACGAGGAGCAUGCCCGGGCCCGGGGCCUCCCCGAGGACACCCUGGUGCUGCCGCCCACCGGCCCUGACCAGAGGGUCGUCUACACGGUGCUGGAGUGCCAGCCCCUCUUCGACUCCAGCGACAUGACCAUCUCCGAGUGGGUUGACAUCGCCCAGACCAUCGAGAGGCACUACGAGCAGCACCACGGCUUCGUGGUCAUCCACGGCACCGACACCAUGGCCUUCGCCGCCUCCGUGCUCUCCUUCGCGCUGGAGAACCUCCAGAAGCCGGUCAUCCUCACCGGUGCCCAGGUGCCCAUCCACGCCCUGUGGAACGACGGCCGGGAGAACCUGCUGGGCGCCCUGCUGCUGGCCGGCCAGUACGUGAUCCCCGAGGUCUGCCUGUUCUUCCAGAAUCAGCUGUUCCGGGGCAACCGAGUGACCAAGGUGGAUGCCCACCGGUUCGCGGCCUUCUGCUCCCCGAACCUGCCACCUCUGGCCACCGUGGGUGCCGAUGUCACAAUCAACCACGAGCUGGUGCGGAGGGUCCGAGGGCGGGGCCGGCUGGUGGUGCACAGCUGCAUGGAGCGCGACGUGGGCCUGCUGCGCCUCUACCCCGGGAUCCCCGCGGCCCUGGUCCGGGCCUUCCUGCAGCCGCCGCUGAAGGGCGUGGUCCUGGAAACCUUCGGCUCCGGGAACGGGCCCACCAAGGCCGGCCUGCUGCAGGAGCUGCGGGCGGCGGCAGCGCGGGGCCUUGUCAUCGUCAACUGCACCCACUGCCUGCAGGGGGCCGUCACCUCGACCUACGGCGCUGGCAUGGCCCUGGCGGGCGCUGGCACCAUCUCCGGCUCCGACAUGACCUCGGAGGCGGCCCUGGCCAAGCUGUCCUACGUGCUGGGGCUGCCGGGACUGAGCCUGGACGGCAGGAAGGAGCUGCUGGCCAGGGACCUUCGGGGCGAGAUGACGCCUCCAGCGGUGGACCGCCUCUGGCCGUCUCUGCAGGGUAGCAAGCUGGGCCGCGGGGUCGCCCAGCUCCUCAGUCUGAGCCAGGAGGCUGAUGCACUGCGGGAAGUCCUGGCGCCCAAUCUGGCCUGUGCCGCGGCCCAUGCCGGCGACCUGGAGGCCCUGCGGGCACUUGAGGAGCUGGGCAGUGACCUGAGCCUGGAGGACUUUGGCGGUCAAACCCCGCUGCACGCAGCCGCCCGGGGGGGCCACGUGGGGACGGUCGCCAUGCUGCUGCAGAGAGGCCUGGACGCAAACGCUCGGGACAAGGACGGCCUCAGCCCGCUGCUGCUGGCUGUAAGGGGCAGACAUCAGGGUGUCAUCGGGCUGCUGCGGGCGGCUGGGGGCUGCCUGUCCCCCCAGGAGCUGGAGGACUCGGGGACCGAGCUGUGCAGGCUGGCAUCCAGGGGGGACCGUGAGGGCCUGCGGGCAUGGUGGCAGGCAGGAGCUGACCUGCGACAGCCAGGCUAUGAUGGGCGCAGCGCCCUGUGCAUCGCAGAGGCUUCUGGGAACCUGGAAGUGGUGAGCUUGCUGCAGAGCCUCCAGGCUGGGGGUGAUGGCCAGGCCCUGGGCUCAGAAGUGCUGCUUGCUGUCUAACCUGAAGCUGUCCUGCUGCACUGGAAGCCAUUCCUUCCUGUCGCGACCUGCUGGAGGGGUGGCUCCGACAGCUGGAGCUGCUCCCCAUUCUGUUCCCAAGAAGCAGCCUGCUGGUCUUGGCUGGAGAGCGCGGCAAUAAAGUCUCGGGAGCACUCCCUCCCUA